GCCUCACGAGCUCCCAUUCCUAUCCCGGCCCCCACCCCGACGUGGCUCAACCGUCUCAACUCAGCCCGCAUCCCACUGGGUCCUCCAGCCCUGCGAGCCGUUGUCCACAAACACAAUGGGAAACGAGGCCAGCUACCCGGCAGAGAUGUGCUCCCACUUUGACCAUGAUGAAAUUAGAAGACUGGGCAAAAGGUUUAGGAAGCUGGACCUGGACAAGUCGGGCACUCUGAGCGUGGAGGAGUUCAUGUCCCUGCCAGAGCUUCAGCAGAACCCGUUGGUGAAGCGAGUGAUCGACAUCUUCGACAUGGACGGCAAUGGAGAAGUGGACUUCAAGGAAUUCAUCUUGGGGACCUCUCAGUUCAGCGUCAAAGGAAACGAGGAGCAGAAGCUGAGGUUUGCUUUCAGCAUCUACGACAUGGACAAGGACGGCUAUAUUUCCAACGGUGAGCUCUUCCAGGUGCUGAAGAUGAUGGUGGGUAACAACCUCAGGGACUGGCAGUUGCAGGAGCUGGUUGACAAAACCAUCAUCAUCCUGGACAAGGAUGGCGAUGGGAAAAUAUCCUUUGAGGAAUUCAGCACUGUGGUUAGAGGCCUGGAGUUCCACAAGAAGUUGGUCGUCAUUGUAUGAGUCCUGGUUUUUUGUUUGUUUUUUUUUUUUAACAAGCACCACCUACCAACUUUUGUUUUCUUCUCUAUCUCUUCCAAGAUCUGCCCAAGAUAUCCAGAGCUCUCUCUCCCUCGGACUUACCAGGAAGUAUUUGUCUUUGGGAAGCCACAUUGUCUCACACAAGCUUCACCACCAAUCCAAUGUUAACUCUUCGCUGAGUCAGUCAGGGAAGAGCAAAAUGAAAGACUGUAGUGAGGAAAGAGAAGGAACUGGCUUUGAUAAACACCCUUUUUUGUUGUUAUUUGUAUUCAGAGACCAAACUAUAAAGAGUAAAGAAGAACUUUAAAGGUUCAGAAAUAAGAAAA